GUCGACCGCCAGGUCCGACUUUAUCUGUUUGUCUCGCUCUACAUCUCUCCACCACCGUCCAGGCCAUAUUUCAAUCCCGUGGGAGAUUAAUGUGUCUGAUCGACUUCUAUACUAAUUUUCUUUGAAGCCACUCGUUCGAGGGUUUCACGCUUUUUGGGGGUCCGGAAUUUCCUUACAUUAGGUAUCAACAAAUCCUAUUUUUAUUCCCGAGCGCACAACUCACAAUCAUUCCCUACCACUUCGCGAAUAAAUAGCCUCAGCUCGCCUGGGGGCACAUGCGAAAAAGUCCCCAUCGUCAACAUGUCUGUUCUCCCUGCCGAGGUGCAGGGAGCAUUGUCCCAACUCCUCCAGGCCCUCGCUUCCCCGGACAACUCCCUGCGCUCACAGGCAGAGGAACAACUGAACAAUGACUGGACACUCAACCGGCCGGAUAUGCUCUUGAUGGGCCUGGUAGAACAGCUGCAGGCUUCGGAAGAUGCGUCGACCCGAUCCUUUGCCGCCGUUUUGUUUCGAAAACAGGCCUCGAAGAAUAAGAAACUUCCUGGUACAAACGAAAACAAAGAGCUCUUCCUUACGCUCGGCCCCGAGGCCAGGGGUGCUAUACGAUCGAAGUUGCUCGAGGGUCUUGCAAGGGAGCAAGUCCACGCUGUCAGGAACAAAAUCGGAGACGCAAUUGCAGAGAUCGCAAGACAAUAUGUCGAUGCCAACGAAAUGUGGGUGGAACUGCUGGCCGCCCUUUUCCAGGCAAGUCAGUCCAACGAUGCGGGCAUGCGAGAGUGCGCAUUUCGAAUCUUCACAACAACUCCCGGAAUUAUUGAGAAGCAACACGAGAGUGCAGUGCUAGAAGUCUUCGGGAAAGGUUUCAAGGAUGACAGUGUCGAUGUCCGACUCGCUGCAAUUGAAGCAUUUGCUUCAUUUUUCCACUCCGUCACCAAAAAGGCCCAAUCGAAAUACUACUCCUUGAUCCCCGAUAUUCUCAAUAUCCUGCCACCUCUAAAGCAAGCAGGAGACACCGACAACCUCUCCAAAGCAUUUGUGUCCCUCAUCGAGCUCGCUGAGGUUGCCCCCAAGAUGUUCAAGGCACUCUUUUCCAGCCUGGUCAGCUUCAGCAUAUCCUGUAUCCAAGAGAAGGAUUUGGGCGACCAGACUCGUCAAAAUGCGCUGGAACUAAUGGCUACUUUUGCGGAAUGGGCACCUGCCAUGUGCAAGAAAGAACCCUCAUACACGACCGACAUGGUCACACAAUGCCUGAGUUUGAUGACAGACAUCGGUAUUGACGACGAUGAUGCCGCAGAGUGGAAUGCGCAGGAAGAUCUAGACAUGGAAGAGAGCGACCUGAACCACGUUGCGGGCGAGCAGUGCAUGGACCGUCUGGCUAACAAACUGGGCGGUGAAGUUAUGCUCCCAGCAACUUUCACCUGGCUGCCUAGAAUGAUGCAUUCGGCUUCUUGGAAAGACCGACACGCGGCUUUGAUGGCCAUCUCUGCGAUUUCGGAAGGCUGCAGAAGCCUUAUGAUCGGUGAGCUCGACAAAGUCCUCGAAUUAGUGGUUCCGUCGCUCAGGGAUCCGCAUCCGCGAGUACGAUUCGCAGGAUGCAAUGCUUUGGGCCAGAUGAGUACCGACUUCGCUGGACCCAUGCAGGAGAAGUACCACCAAGUUGUGCUCACUAACAUCAUACCUGUGUUGGAGGCCCCAGAACCCCGUGUUCAAGCCCAUGCGGCAGCUGCUUUGGUCAACUUCUGCGAGGAGGCAGAGAAGGCAAUUUUGGAACCAUAUCUGGAUCAAUUACUCGGUCACCUGCUCCAGUUGCUCCAAUCACCGAAACGAUAUGUGCAGGAACAAGCCUUGUCAACCAUUGCUACGAUUGCUGAUUCGGCCGAAAGUGCGUUCGUACGAUACUAUGACACCCUGAUGCCACUGCUAUUCCGAGUCUUGCAAACCGAGCAGUCGAAGGAGUACAGACUUCUCCGUGCUAAGGCCAUGGAAUGCGCGACGCUUAUUGCCCUAGCUGUCGGCAAAGAGAAGAUGGGACAAGACGCCAUCACCCUGGUGCAGACGCUGGGUAAUAUCCAGCAGAGCAUCACCGAACAGGAUGACCCACAGUCGCAAUAUCUCCUCCACUGCUGGGGUCGGAUGUGCCGCGUUCUUGGAAGAGACUUUGUGCCUUACCUCCCUGGUGUCAUGCCACCGCUGCUUGAAUUGGCGUCCGCCAAAGCCGACAUUCAGCUCAUCGACAACGAAGACGACGUUUUGGAUCAAGAAGAUGGCUGGGAACUGGUGCCAUUGAAGGGCAAGAUCAUCGGCAUCAAGACGUCGACUCUCGAGGAAAAGAACACGGCCAUUGAAUUGAUCACCAUCUAUGCGCAGAUCCUGGAAGCUGACUUUGAGCCGUACGUUGCUGAUAUCACCGAGAGAAUAGCACUUCCGGGUCUGGCCUUCUUCUUCCACGAUCCCGUCCGGAUUGCUUCGGCGAAACUUAUUCCUCAGCUGCUCAAUUCGUACAAAAAGCGCUUUGGUGACCAUGCACCACAACUUAUGGAACUCUGGGCCAAAUGCUGUGACAAGGAAAUCGAGAUUCUCAGCGCUGAACCUGCCAUCGACACUCUCGCCGAGAUGUACCAGUGUUUCUACGAAAGUAUUGAAGUGGUGGGCAAGAAUUGUUUGACACAGCAACACAUGGAACAGUUUAUCCAAUCCGUCAAGUCAGCACUUGAGGACUACCAGAAGCGAGUCAAGGAGCGUGCGGACGAUCGAGCUGAUGCGGCACAAGCCGGCGCGGAUGAUGACGACGACUCACUCUCGGUUCAAUAUGCCAUCGAGGAUGACCAGACACUGCUCUCAGACAUGAAUAAGGCCUUCCAUACCAUUUUCAAGCAAAUGGGUACCGAUUUCUUGAGGCCCUGGGAGAGACUCAUGCCAUUCUAUCAGUCCUUCGCCUCCAGUAACGACGCAACGCAACGUCAAUGGGCGCUUUGCAUCUACGAUGAUGUCCUGGAGUUCUGUGGCCAGCAGUCAUGGCAAUUGAGCGGCGAGAUCACCAAGACCCUGGUGCGUGGGAUGACGGAUGAGAACCCAGCGAACCGUCAGGCUGCUGCUUAUGGCGUUGGAAGUGCUGCACAAAAGGGAGGCGAGCCGUGGUCAGAGUUUGUAGCCGCCAGCCUCGAGACGCUUUUCCAGAUCACGAGGGUGCCCAAUGCCAGAGGAGAAGAUGAAGUGUUUGCGACGGAGAAUGCAUGCGCCGCCAUCGCAAAGAUCUUGCACUUCAAUCCUUCGAAAGUGCAGAAUGCUCAACAAGUUGUCGAACAAUGGCUUGAUACACUACCUGUGGUGAACGACGAGGAAGCCGCGCCGUACGCUUAUUCCUUUGUCGCGCAGCUCAUUGACCAACAAAAUCCCGCCGUGUUCGCCAAGGCACAACAAGUCUUCCACCACAUUGCACUUGCACUAGAGGCCGAGAUGAUCCAGGGUCAGACGGCGAAGAAGAUUGCUGAGAGCGCUAAAGCCAUGGUGACCCAGAGUGGAAUCAAUGCCGACCAGAUAUUGCAGUCGCUGUCGCCAGAUGGCCAGGCUACGGUGCGAAGUUACUUUUCAUGAUGUCUGGCGAUAUUGUUGGAAGAUGAUGGGUAGUAUACGCAAUGUUUCGAACGCAUAGCAUGAGGGUAGAUAGAGAUGGGUGACGAGACUCGAUAGUUGAUGCAAUCUCAAUUUCAUGACGC